AUGAUCAACAGUCAGGAAAGUACGCCGACCACAUCACCAGCCAUCUCCCCUGCCUCCACGGCUUCCACCUUCGUUACGGCCCCUAUCAACUCGACUAGCCCGCCGACAGAGAACCCACUCAAACCAGUCGCCCCAUUGGCAUCUUCUGCCCAGGGCGAACUGGCGGCUUCCCUUGCGUCGUCGAUCGCGACGCUGAGCACUGCCAUUACCACCCUCGCAAAAGAGCGCCGCACGACGACGAUGAUGACGACAAUCUCGUCCGUGUCGGGGACAAUCACCUCGCUUGCAAAAGUUGUGGAGACACUUGGGCGCUUUGAUGUGACCACUAGCCCCAAGAGACAACCGUCUCACAAAGCAAGCCCGGACUUCCAGAUCAUGGAGCUGCAAACGGCCCACUCCGUCAAGGGCGAUGGCAAGCGGCGCUCCCAUCACCGGAGCUCAGCCCUCGGAGAAAAGCACAGGGGGGCCACUAUGCAAAAGCCCAGUCCCAUGGACACCAGGACCCAGCUAGCUAUCAGGGACCAGAGGAUCGCGAGCCUACAGAAGCAAAACAAAAUCCUCCUUAAGAAGACGACACUCCAGAAGGAGUUUGGAGACGCUCUCCUCAACAACUUUGAGGAGAUGGGGUAUUCAGUGGUCCGCAGCCAUUUUCAUGAGAUGAAGGAACUGGAACGGGAGCUGGAAGGCAUCAUCUGCGGCCUCGAGAAGAAGAACAUGUCCGUUGUGGCCGACAACGAGCGACUCUUCGAAGAGAACAUGGCUCUCAAGGAGGACGUCAAGCGCUUGACCAGCGCGAACCAGCGCCUCACUUUCGAGAACAACCUCCGUACCGACAACCUCGCCGAGCACCAGCGCGGUAUCACCGAAGUGGAACGGCUCUCUCACCAGAUGAAUCUCGUGAACACAGACAAACGUAACCCCCAGCAGAAAAUUCCCAAUCUUGUUAAGGAGAACGUCACACUCGUCGACGAGAAUCAGCAAAUCGCGUCCAAGUCAUUCCCUUACCUCGACCGGGAGCGUAUGAGCCGCAAGGAAGCGCAUGACGAGCUCGUCACAAAGGCCAAGGCUCUCCAGGCUGGCAACAAGAGCCUCGUUGACAAGAUCAAACAGAUUAAGGAGGAGAGGGCCAGACUGCUCUUCAAUUGCAAGCGGCUGGCGGAAGAGAAUCGAUACCUGCAGGGCGGAGAAGAUGGGUUAUCAGAAGGGUCGGACAGCGGCUCUCCCGCGGACACGGGCAAGGACGUGGUGGGGCGUGUAUCCACUUCCACAUCCAACCAGGACCCAGGAAUCCGGCGUUGCGGCGUACUUUGUGCCCCUCCCAACUCGGCUGCCUGA